GACUGGUGUCGCGCGAUAACCGUCGCCGAGGUGCAAACCAGCCGCGAAUUCGAAAGGCGGCCAGUUGCUGUUCGCGCGUCGUUUACGUCGCGUCGUGUAUACAACGUGUUGAGAUAACGAGCUGGAAUUUCGGGCGCAAGGUCGAAUGGAACGUACAGAGACCCGUGGAGGCUGGCCGUGAUGCUGGACGAUGUUGCACGGUAUCACGGGUGUAAUUGGAUGUUUCCGGUCGAGCGAAGGAAAAUAACGACGGGGAUGACGUCGUAGUGGAACUGGAACCGUCUCGCGACAGCUCGAAUGACGACCGACCGAGGCGGAAGCAUCGUGGAAAGUCGCCGCGCGUGAGAGGUCAUGGGGAUCUUGACUGCAACAUGACCGACAGAAUUACGUAGUGGCGCGUGGCGUGUCAGAUCCCGCCGGAGGAAGUAGGGGCGCGGUGAUGUGUGAUUGGAUUCCAAGCGGUAAAUCCAAGACGCAGACAUGUCGAGGCGGCAUCCAGAUCGGCUCAACGUAGAAUCAGCUGGUAUCAACUGGCGAGCGUAAACGCGGCGAGGAAGAGGGCAGCGAAGAGAAGAGCGUAAGAACAAGAGGAGGAAGAAGAGGGUGAGCCGAGGCGCAAAAUGGGAGCAACGAGAUUGCUGUUGGGAAGCGCUAUCCUCGGACUCUUUUCGAGUGGAUUGUUGUUCAAGGGUGCCCUGACCAAUUCGAUGAACAGGUGCGACUACCCUCCGUGCUUCUGCGAUCCUCACGGCAGGCUGACCUGCGACUGUAAAGAGGAAGGAGAGGAGCUGGUGUUAACCACCGACGGCGACAAAAGAUUGAGCCCGCACACGAGUAGGAUAGCGGUGAGCAACUGCUCGUCCGUGAUCCUGAUGAACUCGAGCCUGGCCUCGAUGGCGGGACUGCGCGCGGUGGACCUGAUCAACGUGGCGAACCUGAGCCUAGUCAGACAGAGCUUCGAGCUGUCGCCGCAGAAUACACGGACGCGGAUAUCGGUGAGGAACUGCAGCAUCGACACGAUGCCGAGUUUCGUGUUCCGGGGUGACGUGGAGGCGAUCAUCUUCGAGAACGUGAGGAUCGGCCAGCUGAGCGCGUUCUCGUUCGCGAACCUGGUGCACACGGAGAAACUUAGGCUGGAGAACUGUCGGAUCGCGAGCAUCGAGGCGCAGGCGUUCAAAAAGUUCGACGUCGGUCACUUGCGCGUGAUCGGCAGCAGCUUCGGUGACCAGGUGCCCAGCAGGACGAUGAACGACAUCGAAGUUUACCACACGUUCAUGCUGGACGGCGUGCGAAUGGGCACAGUGAGAAGUGAGGCUUUCAUCGUGAGGAGUCCGCGGACCGUCGCGAUACAGAACUGCGUGGUGGAGAGUUUGGAGAGCGAGGCGUUCGACGUGACGGCGAGGGGGCCGGUGAUCGUGAAGAACAACACGUUCGGCAGCCUCUCGAUAGGCGCUUUCCUCGGGAUACGAGCGGACCCCGAGGCGAGAACGGCGACUGCCUCCCUGCCGGCCAACCUACACGACCUUAUCUUUAAGAAUAACAGCGUGGUGGACUUCGAGGAGGGCUCGAUGAUGUUCGACCGCGGUAGCUUUCGCCUGGAGCUCGACAGCCUCUUGGUCGACCAGCCGUGCGACUGUCAGAUGUUGCCCGUAUGGAAGAACAACAUUCUCAAUUACACGAACGUUUACUCGAGGUUUUACACCAAACAGAACACCGGGCUGCCGCCCACGUUGUCGCCUCAGGACAACACGAUCAACGAAACACCGGAGACGUUCCUCUGCUCGGAGGGCGAGGUGAACGGCGUGCCGACGAGCUUCGUCGAGUACGAGACGCGGCAUUGCUCGCUCGGUGGAUCGAUACUGGUCUUCGUCGUGAUCAUCGCGGGCCUGCUCGCCUUCCUGAUACUGCUCAUCUGUCUGAUCGUCUGGUGCUGCAGGAGGCGUCGCCGGAACAGCAGGAAGAAAUGGAUCAGCGUGCCGAUGAACGCGCCUGACGUCGUGUCGAAGAAGAACGGGGUGAUCGGCAGAGAGGCCGCGUCGUCGGCCGCACCGGUCGACAGCCGGAUAACGAUGGUCGUGCCCGACGGCAGGCUCUACAGGGAGACCGAGUUCCACGUGAUCGUCGAGAAGGCCGAACCGUUGACCACCGAGUUGUAACGAGAACCUUCGUACGGCUCGACGACGAGGGCCGUGGCAGCUCGAGUCGAGGAAGAACUCGAGUGGUCCGAGACCUCGAGCCGUUUCCGCGUGUAUAAGCUGUGAGCGGGACAAAGGACGAGAGACGUAGUUUGAACCGGUGGCUCGACGACACUGGACAAUGUGUGACGAACAUGCACGCCGGUUUCUCAUGCCGGUCAGUGCCGGUUAUACUCGUCGGCGAUAACUUGUGUAACGCGCGUACAUAGUGAUCGUGUUGUAAUCACGUUCCAGGACCAGAGCGAAAGCUCCUCUAACGAAACUCUUCUACCGUGAUUGUGUACUCGCUUCCUCUGCGAAGGAACGUUCCUCCGAGAAAUUUUUCACGUACCAUUUUAUCGAUUAAGCGGCCGUUGCGUUCUUGCGAAACGAAAAUAGAACAGGAGACUCGAACUCAAAUCUCCCUUGUUUUCAAUUUAAUCGACUAUCCUCCUAGUACAAGGCAGUUCCAGUAAGCUUCCAUAACUUACAUAUCACGAACGAGCGGCGAUUAUCCAACGCGUUUCAACCCGUCUUCUUUCGUUCUCGUCCGCCUUUGAAGGCAGUCACGUUCCUCUCCACGAUAAUUAAGAGUUUCUUCUCUCUUUCGCGAUCGAGGUCGCGUGCAUGGAUAAUCGGCGCGUCGUUGUUAGUUAAGUUCAUCGCGUUAAGUAGCUUCCAAAAGAGAGCCAGAGUGUCGUUUCACGAAGAUUGGAACCGAGAGCUUCGAUACACGCGCGAGCAAAAGGCACAGAGAAAGAGAGACAGAGAGAGACGAGAGAGACGAGAGGGAAGACGUCAGAAACUGUGAGACGAGAGAAGAAGAAGAGCGGGCGAGGAGAGCGAUCGAAUGCAACAACGGGAAAUCCUAAACUCGUUUACUCGUAUAAGAGACACGCGAUUGGAUCGACCUUUCGUACUUCGUCGCGUUUAAGUUUAUCGAUAAAAGGAUUACGUAGUUUUACGUGGCGCGUCGCACGUCAUGCGUUCGGCAACGUUUCCGAGCCGAAUCAUGUACGCUCUCGAGCAACCAACGACCGACGAAACGUCGAGAAAGAUCGUGCUGCGUUCACUCGGAAGAACAGUACCAUUCUUAUACAGAUCAUGUCAGUUCGUGCGAUCCUCGAAGCGGAGGAAAGAAAAAACAUAGAAGGUAGCUGAAUAUUUGUCAGUUCGACGAGCGAGAACCGAAAUUGCUCGCUCCUCCAAACCGAAUCGCUGUAUCUAUCUACUUCGAUUCCAAUUGCGUUUCUAAUCGCAAUUAUGCUUGUAACACAAUAAAAGAUAUUACCUGACACCCCUUGACAAUACAAGAUAAUGAAUCGAUAUGCAAGUAUAUUUGAAAUUAUUAUAUAAAGCACGGAGAGAACGAGGAUAGCGUACGUACGAGGCGAGGAUGAUCGAGUAAUCUAAUAAUCUACGUCAAACGUUCGUAGACUUAAUGAAACGUUGCGCUACGUUGAAACUGAGAAACUUUUCAUAUUCCGUUUCGAAAAAACGUAUCAAACGGAUNAACUCGAAGAAACUUCUCACAACAGAAAGUGUUCAAAACCCUUUACCCUCCCCCCACCCCUCUCCCUCCCUAUCAAUCCCGAUCCGUGCGGAGUCGUUAAUUUAUUGUAUAUUAUUUCACUGCGACAUGUUUUAUUUAUGAGCUUUUGGACUUGAGCCAAUAAAUUGUUGUUGUUGUUAUCACUCCGAUCGGUAUCUAAUUUUGAUAAAUGCGCAGCGAGGGAUGCUCUCGGCGAAGGGUAAUCGAUUCGCCACGAGGGAAACGGCGAGGCAGUUCGCGCCGAUUUUCACGAAUUCGCCCGCUAAUCUCGCAAAUCGAGCACAGGGACCGAGCUCCUGACUAAUGCGGGCGCAUACGUUCGGCAAAACCGCAGCCGUCUACCGCGCUCAAGUAUCGCUACGCUAUGUGCUUUCCGUGUGCUGCCGCUUCCAGUGUGAUUAAUAGACCCGAUAUAAUUCGUCCUCCUCUCUGUUUCAUCAAGGUAAGCAUCAGGUGGUAUUUAACUCGUCGAACGAACCGACGCGAAGGUGAAAGGAGACCUUCGGAAUUCAAGAAACGAGGAAACCGCGCGAUGGUAUGGAUACCCCUGCUACCGAUCACGUUGAACGGAACGAUUCGUUCGUUUGACGUUAGAACCGACCGUUUCACGUCUCGAGGCACAAUACCGAGUAAGCGAAGCUUUUGAACGUCACAUACGGAGCUAUCUCGCGCACGUGUUACCCAUGCAUUAUUGAUACACCACCGCCGUAUAUGUAACGACCCUCCGCGGCCUUGUUUCCUCUUAUCUCGCCGAACAUCGAAACAGAAAUUGGCCUUCCUGCUCGAGUUUCUUGAGAUUAUUCAGCGACCUUACGCUCGUUACCUUGAGCAUCAUCUCUCGUCGAAUACAAGGCCCAAUUAGAAUCCGAACGCGAGAAGUGGCGCGAGUCGAACGAAGGCUGGACUCUCAUCCCACCAGUUCUCCCAUACGUACGUAUUAUAUUCACGGGUACAGAUCCACUGAGCUAUCUCGCGCACGUGCGAGUAUGUACAUGGACGAUUAUCGUACUUCGACGACAAAUUAAGUUUUUUCUAAGGACGUUUUAGUUGUAAUUAUCGUGAGACUGUGAUAUAACGACAGCCGAUUGUAUAAUUUGUUUUACAUUGAAAAGGGACGUCGUACGCCAUUGACAACAAGGAGAUAAUAAAGAUGAAGUUGACAACUAAUUAAA